AUGUCCAGCUAUUCCUACCUGUGCGUCCUGCUGGCCAUUAUCCCAACAGGUUUCUCGUUACAAUGUAUACAGUGCUCGGAUCCCGGAGGGCAAUUCUGUAAUGGAAUCCAUGUGAACUGCGGCCCGGCGUCUGAUGUCUGCAUGUCCUCUCUGAUCCAGGAGGAGAUCAAUACUUCAGAUCCAAACAGUUUAAAUAUCCUGCAAAUCACAAGAACAUCAUCAUACCGAUAUAUAAGGGAUUGUGGGACUUCGAGUGAUUGUGAUAAGGUUGUGAUCCUGAGGACGCCGUACAACAGAAUGGUAACGAGUAAUCGCUGCUGCAGGUCCAACUUAUGUACCCCAGAGAGCCCACGCUCAAUCCCUGAAGGUUCACAAAAUGGCGUCACGUGUCCUGGCUGCCUCACUUUCAUAAACCAAGAGUGUGCGGCGUAUAAAGCGGUGUACUGCAGGGGCGAUGAGAAAUACUGCUUCCACUUCUCCAGCAAACCUCUGAAAGAUGACAACUUGACAUUUGCAAUGAAGGGCUGCGCAACUCAGUCUGCCUGUAACCUGGAGCUGGAAUUCCUUAAUAAAGUCGUGUGUACUGACAAAGGCCACGGCUUGGACCUCUCCCUGCUGGUCAUAGCCACCUGCCUCGGUAUAAAGCUCCUGUACUGAGUAUUACACUCCCCCUGCUGGUCAU